GCUUCCUGCCUCCAUGCCACUCCAGACUGCACCGGCAUGGCACUGACUGCCCACCCCUCCUGCCUCCUGGCUCUGUUGGUGGCAGGCCUAGUCCAAGGCAUCAGAGGCUCCUUUAGGGCCCAGGACCUAGGUCCCCAGCCGCUAGAGCUGAAAGAGGCCUUCAAGUUGUUCCAGAUCCAGUUCAACCGGAGUUACUUGAGCCCAGAAGAGCACGCUCGCCGCCUGGACAUCUUUGCCCACAACCUGGCCCAGGCUCAGAGGCUGCAGGAGGAGGACUUGGGCACAGCUGAGUUUGGGGUGACUCCAUUCAGUGACCUCACAGAGGAGGAGUUUGGCCAGCUCUAUGGGUAUCGGAGGGCAGCUGGAGGGGUCCCCAGCAUGGGCAGAGAAAUAAGAUCUGAAGAGCCAGAGGAGUCAGUACCUUUCACCUGUGACUGGCGGAAGGUGGCUGGCGCCAUCUCACCCAUCAAGGACCAGAAAAACUGCAACUGCUGCUGGGCCAUGGCAGCGGCAGGCAACAUAGAGGCCCUGUGGCGCAUCAAUUUCUGGGAUUUCGUGGACGUCUCCGUGCAGGAACUGCUGGACUGUAGCCGCUGUGGGGAUGGCUGCCAUGGUGGCUUCGUCUGGGACGCGUUCAUAACUGUCCUCAACAACAGCGGCCUGGCCAGUGAAAAGGACUACCCGUUCCAGGGCAAAGUCAGAGCCCACAGGUGCCACCCCAAGAAGUACCAGAAGGUGGCCUGGAUCCAGGACUUUAUCAUGCUGCAGAACAGCGAGCACAGAAUUGCCCAGUACCUGGCCACUUAUGGCCCCAUCACCGUGACCAUCAACAUGAAGCCCCUUCAGCUAUACCGGAAAGGUGUGAUCAAGGCCACAUCCACCACCUGUGACCCCCAGCUUGUGGACCACUCUGUCCUGCUGGUGGGUUUUGGCAGCGUCAAGUCAGAGGAGGGGAUAUGGGCAGAGACAGUCUCAUCCCAGUCUCAGCCUCAGCCUCCACACCCCACCCCAUACUGGAUCCUGAAGAACUCCUGGGGGGCCCAAUGGGGAGAGAAGGGCUAUUUCCGGCUGCACCGAGGGAGCAAUACCUGUGGCAUCACCAAGUUCCCACUCACUGCCCGUGUGCAGAAACCGGAUAUGAAGCCCCGAGUCUCCUGCCCUCCCUGAACCCACCUGGCCCCCUCAGCUCUGUGCUGUUAGGCCAACUGCCUCCUUGCCAGCCCCACCCCCAGGUUUUUGCCCAUCCUCCCAAUCUCAGUACAGCCUGAAUAAACCAAGACAAGACCUCUG